AUGAUAACCUUAUUUUCAAAAGUAGUAAAAAAUAUACAUAAAAAAUCAUUUUUAAUUCCAAAAACUUAAUUUUCUUCAUUAAAAUAACCUCUCUUAUUUACCCCUGGCCCUUUAUUAACAAGCAAUAAUGUUAAAUUAUCAAUGAAUUAUGAUUAUGGUUCAAGAGAUCCUAGAUUUAUGUAGAUAAUAAAAGAUAUAAGAAAUGAUAUUUUGAAAAUUUGUGAAGUCUAAAAAGGUGAAUAUGAAUGUAUUUUAUUAUAAGGAAGUGGUACUUAUGCAGUUGAAGCUGUUUUAGGCUAAUCAAUUCCUAAAGGAAAACAUAAAUUAUUAAUAGUAUAAAAUGGGGCUUAUGGAAUUAGAAUGGAAAAAAUAUCAUUAUAUUAUGGAUUAAAUUAUACUACUUUAAAUUAUUCAGAUUGUGAUGUUGUUAAACCUAAAGAUGUUGCAUAAAAACUUUAAGAAAAUCCAGAUAUUACUCAUGUUUCGAUAAUUCAUUCAGAAACAACAUCAGGUUUAAUCAAUCCGAUUGAAGAAAUUGGAAAAGUUAUUAAGAAUUUUAAUAAAAAUAUUGUUUAUAUUGUUGAUUCUAUGAGUUCUUUUGCAGCUUACAGAAUUAACCCAAAAGAAAUAGGAAUAGAUUAUUUAGUUGCUUCUUCUAAUAAAAAUUUGUAAGGAAUACCUGGAUUUGCAUUUGUUAUAGCUAAUAAUAAACAUUUCUAAAAUACAAAAGAUAACGCUAGAUCAAUGGUAUUAGAUCUUUAUUAAUAAUGGCAAGGAUUAGAAGAUAAUGGUUAGUUUAGAUUUACACCUCCGACUCAUGUAUUAAAAGCUACGAAAGUUGCAAUAGAUGAAUAUUUUGAAUAAGGAGGCUAACCAAAAAGAUUUUAGAAAUAUGAUAGCAAUUAAAAAUUAUUAACUAAAAGAAUGACUGAAAUGGGUUUCAAAUUAUAUAUUGAACCAAAAUACUAAGGAUGUAUUAUUACAACAUUUCUUAAUCCUAAGGAUCCUAAUUUUAAAUUUAAUGAAUUUUACUAAUUUUUGGCUGAUAAAAAUAUGGUUAUUUAUCCUGGAAAAUUAACUAAAGCUGAUAGUUUCAGAAUCGGAUCUAUAGGAGAAAUUAAUAAUUAAAAUAUUUCUUAGUUAUGUGAAUAUAUUCAUGAUUAUUUAGUUGUGAAAAAAUGUUCUAUUCCUGUUAAAUAUGAUUGAAAAUAUUUUUUAUUUAUAAAAUUUCGAAAUAUUAUAUGUUUAAAAGAAAUUAUUUAAAUUAUUUUAAUUAUUAAUUUCAAAAUUAAAUGAAAAUUAAUAAAUUUCAAAGUUAUUUUUAAAUAUUAUAUAUUAAUUUUUAUCUUUAU